AUGGCGCCCUUUGAAGUAGACUGGUCUGAACUUCCAAAGGAACUCUUAGGUUCAGUCCUACAAUAUCUCCCCUACGUCGAUAUCAUCCGUUUCGGUGCUGUCUGCACCUCAUGGCACUCUGCUGCUACUGAUAAAUCAUACUCCUUAGCGCCUCAACUUCCAUGGCUGAUGCUCCCUUACAAAGUAGGCCAUGAAGGAAAAGAAUCCCGCAAGUUCCUCAAUCUCACAGAAAAUAAGAUUUACCAGAUCAAGCUCCCAAAAGAGAUUCGACACAGCAGAUGCGUCGGUUCCUCUUUCGGUUGGCUUGUUAUCCUCGAUAGAUUCUGCCGUGCUCUUCUCAUGAACCCUUUUUCUGGUGCCAUAAUCCAUCUCCCACCUACUGAAACAUUCCCUGAUGUUUUAAGUGUAAAUAGGUCUAAACCAUCUGGUGAAAUCGAUAGUUACAGGAUUCUCCGACGUGAGCCUGAUCGUGAAUACUCAAUCUCUGCUGCCAGAUUAAGGGUUGCACUUAUGAGUAAGGCCCUUAUUACUGCAGAUCCUUUGAUUGAUAACAAUUACAUGGUCGUGGCAAUUGGUUUCUCUGGAUUGGCUUUCUGUAAACCAGGAGCUGAUUCAUGGACCCAAUUAGAUCGAACAAAUCUGCGGAACAGUUUUGAAGAUAUUUUGUAUUUUAAUGGGCUGUUAUAUGUGCUUCAUCGUAGAGGAGAUAUUGUGGCUUGGGAUGUCAUUGACCUUCCUCUUAAUGAGUCAACAAAGGUUACCCAUCCAUGUAGGAUGUUUUUACUUAGAGCUCCCCAGCCAAUUGAGAAUUGGUUUGUUAGGAAAAGGUAUUUGGUGGAAUCCUCAGGGGAUCUGUUGCAAGUUCUUCUUUGGUUCCGAGAGAAGUGGGGACGGCAUAAUGUUUUUGAUUCAGCUUCAUGUAGUGUUUGCAGGUUUGAUCAGAGUAGCAAGACUUGGGUUGAAGUUGAUAGUUUACGUGAUCGUGUGUUGUUUUUGAGCCCUAAUUGUGCGAUUUCUUUAUCGGCUCAUGAUUUUCCCGAGUGUAGAGAGAACUCUAUCUAUUUUGGUGAAUACUUCUGGGAGGGAUGGUUGGAAUGUGAUCCUAAUGUAAGUCAUCAGAAUCUAGGUGUUUUUAACCUUGAAGAAAGGAGAUUUGUAAGGUACUCCUCUUGUGCUUCGCAAAGGAUCAAGCCACCACUAGUAUGGGUAGUACCUAAUUUUCGGUAGAUGUUGUUUGUUCAAUAUUUUGGUUGCUAAUAAACAAGAUCAAUUGGUUUUUUUUUUUUU